AUGGAUUCGGCUAGCAAUGUUGAUUAUCAGGCAGAACUCACUAAAUGGUGUGAUGAAGUGCUGAUUGACAAAACUCGUGCCCUGUUGUUAGUAGGAGUAUCUGCAGAUGCGGAAGUGGCACAUAUUGAGGAUGUCACACAAUCUGUAAAAGCUUGGGGAAGGGUGCGGGUCAGAGCUACCAAGGCAGGUUCAAGCCCACAUAAACAGCUUGUGUUGUGUGAGUGCCGAGAGACUAUUAAUCCUGAUCUGAUACCAGUUGAAUUGGUGUCUACUGAAGGGGAAGAACAUCGGACUGUUGUUGUGUCCCAAGGAUGUGUACCUACCUCUGCAGAUUUUGAAGAGAAGCUUGCCAGGUUUUUGGUAGGAGAAGGAAAGACGUUGCCUGAUUUGCAAGCUGUGCUGUCUCACUCUGGUCCUAGUGCCAGUUCCCCCGAAGCUAUCAUUCCUGCUGUAGGGGAUCUGUUAGAGAAGACAGGCAAACAGCCCAGUGAUAAUGUCUAUAGGCGGUUGCGCACUUUUUCUGGCACUGUCCCCACACCUCCAGGAGAAGAAACGUUGGAUGGUUGGGUUGAUCAAGCCCGAAUGAUGAUAGCUGAGUGUGAGUGCUCCGGAAAAGAGAAGAGGAGAAGGAUUGUAGAGAGUCUAAAAUGGCCCGCAUUGGAGAUCAUCAAGGCAGUACGAUUCUCUAAUCCUGAGGCUAGUGCUGUACAAUAUAUAGAGGCACUAGAAAGUACUUUCGGAACGUCUGAGUCAGGUGAGGAUUUGUACUUUGCCUUUCGCCUUUUAAGACAAUGUUCUGGUGAAGCCUUAUCAGAUUUUCUACGAAGAGUGGACAAAGCAUUAAAUAAGGUAGUUCAGAAGGGUGGAGUGUCUCCACAAAUGGUGGAUCGGGUCAGGGUGGAGCAAUUGAUUCGAGGUGCAGUGGAGUCAGACCUAAUGCUUCUCCAGCUGAGGCUUAGGGAAAGGAAAAAUCAACCACCAACUUUUUUGACUCUUCUGAAUGAGAUCAGAGAAGCUGAAGAAAAUGAAGCUGCUAGGCAGAAGAUAAAAGCUACCGUAAAGUCUGUCCAAAGUCAUGAGGAAGGGAAACUUAGCUUUGCUGUGGUGAAAGAGUUAAAAGCAGAAAUUAAGGAUCUGUGA